GAGGAGGAGAGGAAGGCCGGCCGGGCCCGCGGGCCGCGCACGCAGCCGCCGGGAUGUUGCAGAAUGUGAAUCCCCAGAGCAAGAUUUUGGGGGAGGGCAAUGCCACCCUCAUGGCUUUGGCCACCACGGACUCGACUCCCGGCAAACGAAUCCGCAAACCUUCGCUGCUCUACGAGGGAUUCGAGAGCCCCACCAUGGCCUCGGUGCCUUCCCUGGCCAACCCCCAGGUGAAUCCUCCUCCCCCGGAGGUUUCCAACCCCAAAAAACCCGGCAGGAUCACCAAUCAGCUGCAGUACCUGCACAAGGUGGUGAUGAAAGCUCUGUGGAAGCAUCAGUUCGCUUGGCCCUUCCGUCAGCCCGUGGACGCCGUCAAGUUGGGAUUGCCGGAUUAUCACAAAAUCAUCAAGCAGCCGAUGGACAUGGGGACCAUCAAGAGGAGGCUGGAGAACAAUUAUUACUGGGGAGCUGCAGAGUGCAUGCAGGACUUCAACACCAUGUUCACCAACUGCUACAUCUACAACAAGCCCACGGAUGACAUCGUUCUGAUGGCUCAAACCCUGGAAAAACUCUUCCUGCAGAAGGUGGCGCAGAUGCCCCCGGAGGAGCAGGAGCUGCUGCUGCCCCUGGCCAAGAACAGCCACAAGAAAGGGGCAGCCAGGGCUGCAGCCCUGCUGGCAGGUGUGAGCAGCCCAGCCCAGCAAGUCCCGGCCGUCUCUUCGGUUUCCCAACCCUCGGCCGCUUUCGCCGCCGCCGCCGAAAUCGCCGCGGCCAUCGUCACCAUCCCGCACCCGUCGGUGAUCGCGGCGCCGCUGCUGAAAUCGCUGCAGCACCCCGGGGCCGUUCCCAGCAACCCCAGCAAUCCCAGUAAUCCCAGUAACCCCAGUAAUCCCAGUAAUCCCAGUAACCCCGGUGCCACCGUCCUGGCAGCCCCCGCGCCCACCCAGCCCGUGGCCAAGAAAAAAGGAGUAAAACGAAAAGCCGACACCACCACGCCCACCACCACGGCCAUCAUCGCCACCAGCGGCGGCGAAUCCUCCCCUUCCAUCGCCGACAACGCCAAAGCCGCCAAAAUCCCGGCGCGGCGCGAGAGCGGCCGCCCCAUCAAACCCCCCAGGAAGGAUUUACCGGAUUCCCAACAGCACCAAACGUCCAAGAAAGGGAAACUUUCGGAGCAGUUGAAAUAUUGCAACGGGAUUUUGAAGGAGUUGUUGUCCAAAAAACACGCGGCCUACGCGUGGCCGUUCUACAAACCCGUGGACGCGUCGGCCUUGGGGCUCCACGAUUAUCACGAGAUCAUCAAGCAUCCCAUGGAUCUCAGCACCAUCAAGAGGAAGAUGGAAAACCGGGAUUACCGCGACGCGCAGGAAUUCGCCGCCGACGUUCGGUUGAUGUUCUCCAACUGCUACAAGUACAACCCCCCGGAUCACGACGUGGUGGCCAUGGCCAGGAAACUCCAGGACGUGUUCGAGUUCAGUUACGCCAAAAUGCCGGACGAGCCGCAGGAUUCCGGCGCGGCCUCGGCGUCGGCGCCGUUGCCUUUGGCCAAAUCCUCGUCUGAGGAAUCUUCCAGCGAUGAGGAUGAGGAGGAUGAGGAUGAGGAUGAAGAUGAAGACGAGGAGAGCUCGACGGAAACGUCCUCGGAGAGCGAGGAGAGCUCGGAUUCCGAGGAGGAGCGAGCGAAUCGGUUGGCGGAGCUGCAGGAGCAGCUGCGGGCCGUGCACGAGCAGCUGGCCGCCCUCUCGCAGGGCCCCGUGUCCAAACCCAAACGCAAACGGGACAAGAGGAAGAAGAAAAAAUCGGAGAAGCACAAAGGGAGAGCGGGGACGGACGAGGAGACGCGGCAGAGGCAGGCGCAGCUGCGCAGGGCCCGCAAGAACGCGGCGGGAGCGGGAUCCAAAAACCCCAAGAAAUCCUCCAAACCCCCCUUACCCACCCCCGCGGCCUCGCUGCUGGACUCGGAGGAGGAGGAAGAAUCCAAACCGAUGUCGUACGACGAGAAACGCCAACUGAGCCUGGACAUCAACAAAUUACCCGGGGAGAAACUGGGCAGGGUCGUUCACAUCAUCCAGAGCCGCGAGCCCUCGCUGCGGGACUCCAACCCCGAGGAGAUCGAGAUCGACUUCGAGACGCUCAAAGCGUCCACGCUGCGCGAGCUGGAGCGCUACGUGCUCAGCUGCCUGAGGAAAAAACCCAGGAAACCCUACAGUGAGACCCUGAAGAAGCCGGUGGGGAAGACGAAAGAGGAGCUGGCCCUGGAGAAAAAACGGGAAUUGGAGAAACGGCUCCAGGACGUCAGCGGGCAGCUGAACUCGGCCAAGAAACCCCCAAAAAAGGCCAGCGAGAAGCCGGAGUCGGCGCAGGGACUGGGAUUGGGAAUUUUGGGAUUGAGAAUUCUGGAAUUGGGAAUUUUGGGAUUGGGAAUUUUGGGUUUUGGGAGUUCUGGGAUUGGGAGUUCUAGGACUGAGAUUGGGAAUUCUGGAAUUGGGAUUUCUGGAUGUUGAGAAUUCUGGGAUUGGGAAUUACUAG